AUGGCUACAUCCUGGCUUGCCUCACUCAGCACACAACUUCUGCUACCCUCGCCUUCAUUAUCCGUACAUAUCGCCGUUUGGUUGCUGAGUACGCAACUCUUUACCAAUCCUACCUACCUCUCCAUCUGCAUCUUGGACGGCUUUCCGCUUCCUCAUGUCGCUUCUGCAGUCUCCUGCUCCCUCUCUCUCCCCUUCAAACACAAGACUCUGGUUCCCUCACCCUACAAGUACGCUCGGGUUUCCUUUCCGCCAGUGUCACUAUCCCCUUCUAGCGCGGUCGCCUCCACACCCCCCGGCUUGGCCGCCGUAUCGACCAUCGUAUCCCCCGUGGUCUCUCGCUCUCUCUCUCUCAGUCUCUCUCUCUUUUCCUCUGCUUGGGUUCAAUUUCCCGUCGACCAGCUGUUGGUCAUGGUUAUUGACACACUUGCGCCCCCCGUGUGGGCCUCGUCGUCCCAUUCGAUCCGAGGCAUUGACAUUUGCGGCCAAGUACGGCAAAGUUGCCAGGAACCGUCAUUUCCUCCAAGCCAUUUCCAAGCCCAUCCGUCCCUCGGCCUGUUGUUCCGUGACCCUCUUGUCUUUGUCUGCUUCUCCGCGCUGUCUGUGUUUCUGGUACCUUGCAUUGGUUCAUCCACAGUCCCGAACCCUCUGCCCAGUGCCGUCAGAAGGUACGGAGUACGGAACAUUAUUGAGUACACUACCCGUACUACGGAGGAGUAUCGUGAGUCUCGUUUUGACGCGCUUGGCCCCUCUUCUUUCACUGUCAACCGAUCAACCGACUCCACCUCCCAGAGCCAGUCACUCGCUGCCACUCCAUUCUCCAUUGAAGGGUUCCCCGUCCAUUCGUUCAUCGGUCCUGUCCCUCUUACAUCCCAAAGGUCUAUAUCGUUAAUCAUCACCAUGCGUACCUCAACACUUGCGUGGGCCGCCGUCACGGCCCUCUCUGCCCUCGUCGAGGCUGCCGACCUCGAGGCGUGGAAGUCUAGAUCCAUCUACCAAGUCAUGAUCGAUCGUUACGCCCAUACCGAUGGCUCAACCGACCACGAGUGUGAACUCUACAAGUUCUGUGGUGGCACAUGGGCCGGCUUGACCAACAAGCUUGACUACAUCCAAAACAUGGGCUUCACUGCUAUCCAGAUCAGCCCCAUUGUCAAGAACAUGGACGAUGACACCGCCGUCGGUGAGGCUUACCACGGUUACUGGUCUCUCGAUAACUACGCCCUCAACGACAAGUUCGGUACCUCGGACGACUUCAAGAACCUGGUCAAGGAGAUGCACAACCGUGACAUGUACCUCAUGGUCGAUGUCGUCGUCAACAACAUGGUCCAGAAGCUCGACAGCCUGCCCCCCAAGCUCGACUACUCCAAGUUCAACCCCUUCAACGAGGAGUCCGACUUCCACCCUUACUGCAACGUCACCGAGUGGGACAACAGCACCAACUACCAGGACUGCUGGCUCUACCCCUAUGGCGUUGCCCUCGCCGAUUUGGCCACCGAGAAGACCACCGUCGUCGAUGAGUUUGGCAAGUGGAUCAAGCAACUCGUCUCCAACUACUCUAUCGAUGGUCUCCGUAUCGAUGCCGCCAAGCACGUCAACGAUGCCUUCCUGCCUACCUUUGUCAACGCCUCUGGCGUCUUCGCCUUCGGUGAGGUCCUUACCGGAGCCCCCGCCGACUUCUGCCGCUACCAGACCCUGAACCUGCUGCCCGGCAUGCCCAACUACAUCGAGUACUACCCCCUCAACAAGGUCUUCUUCGGUGGUGACAUGAACGAGCUCGCCGACUGGCGCUCCCAGGCCCGCGAUGGCUGCACCGACAUCUUCGCCCUCGGAUCUUUCGUCGAGAACCACGACAUGCCCCGUUUCGCCGUCUACGAUGAGGAUAUUGAGCUUGCCAAGAACGCCAUGGCUUACAUCCUUUUGACUGACGGUAUCCCUACCGUCUACCAGGGACAGGAGCAGCACUUCAACGGUAACUCGACUCCCUUCAACCGUGAGCCCCUCUGGCAAUCCAAGUACGACACCACCGCGCCCAUCUACCAGCUCACCUCUACCCUCCUCAAGACCCGUAACGCCCUCCAGGCCACGAACAAGGACUUCGCCACCACGGCCUCUGAGCAGCUUUUCGUCGAGAACACUCACCUGUGCCUCCGCAAGGGCCCCGCGGGCGCCCAGGUCGUCUUCUGCGUCACCAACAAGAGCUCCAAGGGCGACACCUACCAGCUCAGCGUCGGCGGCUUCAACCCUGGUGAUGCGGUCGUCGAGGUCACCACCUGCGGCACCAGCACCGCCGACGGCACCGGCAACGUCACUCUGUACAUGGAGAAGGGUCAGCCCCGCGCCGUCGUUCUUGCGUCCUCCAUCGACGCCACCAAGAUCUGCCCCAACGGCACCACUGCCGCUGGUCAGAGCAAGAGCGCCGCCGGCUUCAUCGGCAGCAGCAUGACCCUGGUCCUGGCUUCCGUCAUGGCCGUUUCUUUUGCGCUCCUCGCAUAA